AUGAAUUAUAACAUUUUAAUUUAUAAAUGGACAUUAAUGUUAUUAAGUUUCAAAAGUUCAUUCUCAUAUGUGGAAGAAGAUGGUCGUAUAAUAGAAUAUGAUAAUUUUGAUGAAUUUAAGAAUUAUGUAAAUAAAAGUUAUUUACAUACUUAUGAUGAGCUGCGAAGUCGAUCUGCAUUUGAAGAAAAUCGAGCCGCUGUUCGUCAACAUAAUGCCCUUUUUAGUAAGGGUGAGAGUUCUUUCCGUUUGCGAACUAAUAUCAUGGCCGAUAUGGCAAAGUUGAAGUUUUGA